CUUCAUUCAUUCACUCCUAACACACUUCUCUUCAUCUUUUUUCAACUUUCCAAAACUUCAGAGAGACAAAGGAAAACCCAUCAAAGUAACAAAAACCAUAAUGCCAUCACCAACCCCAAAUGGAGACUCCAAUCUCCCUCCCAAUCACACCCCUCAACAAUCCCGUGAUAUCCCUCCUUUUUUCUCUUCUUCUUAUCCCAUCACCCUUAAGUUCAUGGACGUCGAAUACCGCUUGAAGAUAGAGGACAAAAAAAAGACCGGAGGGACCAUCAAGACCUUCUUCACGCCCUCCGAAUCAUCGCCAUCUCAUCAAGGAUCAAGCCCAGCCGUGCCGCAGGAGCGAGUUAUUUUAAAAGGCGUCACGGGAAUAGUACACCCCGGGGAGAUCUUAGCGGUACUAGGCCCAUCGGGAAGCGGAAAAUCGACGCUCCUAAACGCGCUCGCAGGGAGGCUCCAUGGGAACGGCCUCGCCGGAACAAUCCUGGCCAACUCCAGCAAACUCAACAAAUCGGUUCUUCGGAGAACCGGCUUCGUUACACAGGACGACAUCCUCUACCCGCAUCUCACGGUUCGGGAGACGCUGGUGUUCUGCGCUAUGCUGCGCCUCCCUCGCGCGCUUCCGCGCGCGGCGAAGGUUGCGGCGGCGGAGUCGACCAUCGCGGAGCUGGGGCUGAGGAAGUGCGAGCACACGAUAAUAGGAAACAGCUUCAUCCGCGGCGUCUCCGGCGGGGAGCGGAAGCGCGUGAGCAUCGCGCACGAGAUGCUGGUGGACCCCUCGCUGCUGAUCCUGGACGAGCCCACCUCCGGUCUGGACUCGACGGCGGCGCACCGCCUCGUGGUGACGCUUGGGUCACUGGCGAAGAAGGGCAAAAGUGUAAUCACAUCGGUGCACCAACCUUCCAGCCGUGUGUACCAGAUGUUCGAUAAAGUUGUGUUGCUUUCUGAAGGACAGUGUUUGUACUUCGGCAAAGGAAGCGACGCCAUGCGGUACUUUCAGUCGGUUGGUUUCGCGCCGUCAUUUCCGAUGAAUCCGGCGGAUUUUCUACUCGAUCUCGCAAACGGUGUUAGCCACGUCGAUGGUCAAAGUGAAAAAGAUAGACCAAACAUAAAACAAAACCUAAUCCAUUCAUACAACACAAUACUGGGUCCCAAGGUAAAAGCUGCCUGCAUGGACACUGCUAGUAUUCCUACAAAAAGCACAAAUCCUUUGAGAAGCAGCUGUUCGAAAGAAUGUAGACGUAGCAACAGGGUUAGCUUCUUUGAUUGGUUUUACCAAUUCAGUAUCCUACUCCAGAGGAGCCUCAAAGAAAGAAAACACGAAUCCUUCAACACUCUGAGAGUCUCUCAAGUUAUUGCUGCAGCACUAUUAGCUGGUUUAAUGUGGUGGCAUUCAGAUUACAGGAACAUUCAAGAUAGGCUUGGCCUACUCUUCUUCAUUUCCAUCUUCUGGGGAGUCUUCCCGUCAUUUAACUCAGUAUUUGCAUUCCCUCAAGAACGUGCCAUCUUUAUGAAAGAGCGAGCUUCUGGCAUGUACAAAUUGUCCUCCUAUUUCAUGGCUCGAAUUGUUGGAGACCUGCCCAUGGAGCUUAUCCUUCCCACGAUUUUCCUAGUUAUUACAUAUUGGAUGGGUGGAUUAAAGCCAGAUUUUUGGGCUUUUGUGUUGACUUUGUUGGUUGUGCUUGGAUACGUGAUGGUGUCACAGGGUCUUGGACUUGCUUUAGGUGCAGCAAUAAUGGAUGCGAAACAGGCUUCCACAGUGGCAGCAGUGACAAUGCUUGCAUUUGUGUUGACCGGUGGAUACUAUGUCCAUCAGGUGCCAUCUUGCAUGGCUUGGAUCAAAUAUAUAUCCACAACCUUCUACUGUUAUAGGCUGCUGACUAGAAUCCAAUAUGAGGAUGGCAAGAAGAUAUCUUAUCUAUUAGGCUGCGAUCAUGGUGAUAAGGGUGGCUGCAGGUUUGUUGAAGAGGAUGUGGUGGGGCAAAUUGGCACUCUGGGCUGCAUUGGGGUGCUGCUUUUCAUGUUUGUGUUCUACAGAUUAUUGGCUUACCUUGCAUUGAGGCGUAUCAAGAGUUGAAAAUUUCUGAUUCGGUUCUUUUGGGAAUGCUUGAAUUAAUGCAGAGAAGGAUGGAUCAAUUUGUUGGCUCCUAGUGCAGCAGUGACCACUUUUACACUGGGCCGGUCUGGCUAGUUGAUUCGUACUAACUGUAAUAUGAAUGAGAGAUUUUCUGUUGUAAUUGUAAAGUUAGAGAAUCAUUAACAAGCAACAUUGAAGUGAAAGAGAGAAAAGAAGUGUAAUUGUAGAUUUGGAUUUCAAAUCGCUCUCUCUAAGUUCAUUCUGUAUUCGGAAUGUAAGGAAGAAA